AUGUAUCUCUUUGUAUGGACUUUGGUAACAGAAAUUCUUCUUCUCACAUUUAUGGCUUUUGACCGCUAUGCUGCUAUCUGCCACCCCUUGCAGUACACAAUUAUCAUGAGGAAAGAAGUGUGUAUUCUUGUAGCAAUUGGAAUUUGGGUUACUGGAAUGGUUAAUUCUGCAGUUCAUACUGGACUUCUAUUGCAAUUGUCUUUUUGCAGCUCCAAUGUCAUCAACCAUUUUUUCUGUGACUGGCCCCCAAUUAUAAAUCUCUCUUGUUCAGACACCAGCCUUAGUGAGACGAUGGCUUUUGCAGCUGAUCUGGUCUUUGGGAUCUGUAGCUGUGGGUUGACUCUAAUGUCAUAUUGGUUUAUCUUAAGAGCUAUCUUUCAAAUCCACUCCACUGAAGGGAAAAAGAAAGCUUUCUCAACAUGUUCCUCACAUCUCAUCAUUGUGAGUUUUUACUUCUCUGCUGUCAUCUACACGUACAUUAGGCCCACUUCAGUCUUCACUCUGGACAAAGACAAGAUGGUUUCUCUUCUCUAUACAGUGGUCCCCCCAGUUGUCAAUCCGUUCAUAUAUUCUUUGAGAAACAAAGAAGUUAAGGAGGCACUCAAGAAACUUACCUUGAGAGGUAGGCUUCCUUGA